CAAAGUCGCUCCCUUAGUGCUUUCACGCGACAUGGUAUUGGCUGGUUCACGCUUCUUGUACUGUUGGUUCCUAUUAUAAAAGGCAAAAAAGUACCCCAGAGGACUCUUCUGCUUCCUUUGAACACUCCUGGUCAGUCAAUUUCUCAGUCAAUCAAGCGAAACAGAAGUGGCGUCAAACUCCUGCAGAAUUAAAGGCAGCAGCGAGGCGAGCGAGCGCAGACGCGCACUUGGCUCGUGUGCUGUGCACUUGCGGUCGCUAAGCUUUAGGAGCGCUUGGACGUUCGCCAGCAAUUCAUCGGAUAGGAAAACCAUAGCGACUGAUGUCAGCAAUCGUGUUUAAUUCAUUUAGAUAUUAAACCAAACACAAUAGAAAGACACUAGCCCUUUCAUCUGGAUAACUGGAUUUGAAGUCUUAUUUCUCUACGCACAACUCAUAACAAUGUUCUCUGGGCUGGGAGAUAUAAAUUCCAGCGUCAAUCUGAGCACGGAAGACCCCUUUACUUUGUUGGAUGCUGACGGAGAGCAGACACCCAAGAGCCUGAUAUCAAGAACGGGCCUCACGGUGGUGUCAGUAUUUCUGGGAUGCAUCCUCAUUUUUGGAUUUUUCAACAAUUUCAUUGUUCUACUCUUGUUCUGCAAGUUCAAAACUUUGAGGACUCCAGUGAACGUACUUUUGCUGAACAUUAGCGUGAGUGACAUGCUGGUCUGUGUAUUUGGGACCUACCCUGAGUUUCGACUUCAAGUAUCCAUGGUCGGUGGCUGGUUAGGUAAGCACGGAUGCAUGUGGUACGGCUUCAUCAACACCUGUUUUGGUAUUGUUUCCUUGAUCUCUCUGGCUAUCUUGUCCUAUGAUCGCUACAGCACCUUGACUGUCUGUAACAAGGCAGCCACAGGCUUCCGGAAACCUCUUCUAGCUGUGGGCGCCUCGUGGCUGUAUUCACUGAUUUGGACAGUGCCCCCACUCUUAGGCUGGAGCAGUUAUGGACCUGAGGGGCCUGGGACAAGCUGUUCUGUGACAUGGACAUCAAAGUCUUCUGAUUCAGUGUCCUACAUCAUCUGCCUAUUCAUAUUCUGCUUGGCCAUUCCAGUUCUAGUUAUGAUGUACUGUUAUGGACGUCUUCUUUUUGCUGUGAAACAGGUUGGAAAAAUCAGGAGAUCAGCAGCCAGAAGAAGGGAACUGCACAUUUUAUUCAUGGUGAUUACUACAGUUGCCUGUUACUUGAUAUGCUGGACGCCGUAUGGUGUAAUGGCCUUGCUUGCAACAUUUGGCAGACCUGGCAUAAUCUCACCAGUUGCAAGUGUUGUUCCCUCCAUCCUAGCUAAGAGCAGCACUGUCAUUAAUCCUGUAAUUUACAUUAUGAUGAACAAGCAGUUUUACAGGUGCUUCCGGAAACUUUUCCACUGCAGUGCUGGAGAACCUAUAGAUGGAACAUCUACAGUUAAGUCAAAAAGUACCGCCCUUCAACUGAAUCGCCGAGUGUACAACAACACAGUGGCCUGCACCGUGCUCGACUCUGUUGCUGUGGAUGAUCAAGGAAGUUCUUCUGCGGAGCAGGACAACGAGCAGCUGAAGCCUCUUCAAUCAACAUGUUCUCUUGAAUGAAAUUAAAUGUUGCUAGCAUUUCCACACAGUAGCUUUCCUUUAUGCGUUGUGCUGCAUUGUACACCUGUGUGGCAUUAAAAAUAGGGUCUAGGAGAUAAGAAUUGGUUCGAAUCACAUACAAGCAUGUGAAAUAGUAAACAUGCAAAACAGAGCCAAUUUCAAACAUACAAACCUGAGCCAUACUUUUACUAAGUUUACCUCACCUAAUAUUGCAGCCAUGAGAGAAUGAACAUGCAUUUUUGUAAAAAUAUUGUGCUAUGAUGUACUUGUAAAGCACUUUGGGCUGGAGUUUACUGUGAAAAGUGCUACAUAAAUAGUAAUUGUUAGUUUAUUUGUUUUUGUGUAUGUCAAAGUAUAUUUAUACAAUAUAU